AAAUCACUAAAUUCAUCUUCUUUUUCUAGUAAUUUAUUUCCAUUUCUCUUGACUUUGGUACCAGUUUUUCAUUUUAAAUAUUAUAGAAGAAUGGAGGCCAAAUCACUCUCUGCUUCGCUUCCUCGUCACUUGAAACUCUCUGCUUCCAAUCAUAAGUUGUCAAAACCCCGCUCCAGGUUUAUCACAUCUGGAGAAUUACAAAAUCUAGAUAAACAAUUUUCACAAGCGGUUCUGUUUUCAACUACUAAAUCCAUUUCCAUCAAUGGGGCAUCAGACGUACUCACUUCUGUUCAUAAAAGAGAUCCCAAUCCGAAAACAUUUUGUGCAGCCUCAGCUGGAGUGUUGCCAAUUAAUGAAGAAUUUGUUGAAUCUCAAUCACAUGCCAUGGAACAAAAAGUUGGUGUGCUGCUAUUGAAUCUUGGAGGGCCAGAAACACUUCAUGAUGUUCAGCCAUUUUUGUUCAAUUUGUUCGCUGAUCCUGACAUCAUAAGACUUCCAAGAAUGUUUCGGUUUCUUCAGCGGCCUUUAGCUCAAUUAAUUUCUGUGCUUCGUGCUCCUAAGAGUAAAGAAGGGUAUGCUGCAAUUGGAGGUGGCUCACCUUUACGUAAAAUAACAGACGAGCAGGCUAAUGCGAUUAAAAUGGCCUUGGAAGCAAAGGGCGUGUCUACAAAUGUCUAUGUUGGAAUGCGGUAUUGGUAUCCAUUUACUGAAGAGGCAAUUCAUCAGAUCAAGAAGGACAGGAUAACCAAGCUUGUUGUGCUGCCACUUUAUCCACAGUUCUCCAUCUCCACAACAGGGUCAAGCGUCCGUGUCCUUGAAGAUAUGUUCAGAAAAGACGCGUAUCUAUCAAGAUUGCCUGUUUGCAUUAUACGGUCUUGGUAUCAAAGAGAAGGUUACAUUAAAUCAAUGGCUGACUUGAUUGGAACAGAGCUAAAGCAGUUUUCAAAUCCUGAAGAGGUCAUGAUAUUCUUUAGUGCACAUGGAGUGCCGGUGAGCUAUGUAGAGGAUGCAGGAGAUCCAUACAGAGAUCAGAUGGAGGACUGUAUCAGCCUAAUUAUGCAGGAAUUAAAAGCUAGAGGACUUGAUAAUGAUCAUACUCUCGCUUAUCAGAGCCGAGUCGGGCCUGUACAAUGGCUAAAGCCCUACACUGAUGAGGUUCUGGUUGAGCUUGGCCAGAAAGGUGUGAAAAAUCUGCUAGCGGUUCCAGUAAGCUUUGUGAGUGAGCACAUAGAGACUCUCGAAGAAAUUGACAUGGAGUACAAGGAAUUGGCACUCGAAUCCGGGGUCGAGAAUUGGGGACGUGUACCUGCACUAGGCUGCACUUCAUCCUUCAUCACAGAUCUUGCAGAUGCAGUAGUUGAAGCUCUACCUUCAGCAGAGGCCAUAGUAACCUCAAAAAGUGCCUCCGAAGAAGCUGAUUAUGAUCCUUUUAGAUAUGCAAUCAAACUGUUGUUUGGCUCAUUUUUAGCUUUUCUCUUGCUUUUAUCCCCAAAAAUGAUGUUUGCGUUCAGGAGCCAUCUUUAUUGAACACAAUCUAACCAUACUACUACAGAGUUGGUAACAUUACCAGUUGUUUCAGGCAAUCCCAGUCAUCAACAAGAGGUUACCCAGCAGGACGAACAACGGUCAUCACCUCUGAUGCUUUUUCAAGUUCGAAGAAGAAACUUUAGUGUUAUAGAUCUUACAUAAUAUUUCAGUUAACAUACUAAAAAUUAAACAAAUAACUAUAGGUGCAUAUUGAAAAUAUUGGAAGUCUGAAAAACUUUAAAAUUGUGAAAUCUAUAUUCUUAUGUAUUGGAUGAAUUAAUCAAUUUGUAUUUUUGUUGGGGCUUAA